AGCGCGCAGGCGUCCUAGUGGCGGGUGGCUGCGUCUCAGGAUGGAGGGUGAGUGAGUAAACAAGACGGGGCUGGGCGGUGGGGCCGGGCCUGGGCUUGGCGUGACGCUUGAACCUCAGGGCUGGGGAGGCGAAGAAAUGAGGAAACUGAGGGCCACACCAUUGCCUGACCCGGGGUAGCGCGAAGCCUGUCGUCCCGAGUGUGAUCUUGCCAUUCGUCUGCAGAACAGAGGUACAUUAUAAAGUCAACACUUCCCGCUGCAUUCCAUGAGGAAAAUGGAUAUAGCAAGUCCCCCAACUUCCAAAUGCAUCACAUACUGGAAAAGAAAAGUGAAAUCUGAGUAUAUGCGGCUUCGACAGCUCAAACGGCUCCAGGCAAAUAUGGGAGCAAAGGCUCUGUAUGUGGCAAAUUUUGCAAAGGUUCAAGAAAAAACCCAAAUCCUCAAUGAAGAGUGGAAGAAACUUCGUGUCCAGCCUGUUCAGCCAAUGAAGCCCGUGAGUGGGCACCCUUUUCUGAAAAAGUGUACCAUAGAGAGCAUUUUCCCAGGGUUCGACAGCCAGGAUAUGUUGAUGCGGUCUCUGAACACUGUUGCACUGGUUCCCAUCAUGUAUUCCUGGUCCCCUCUCCAGCAGAAUUUCAUGGUGGAAGAUGAGACGGUUUUGUGCAAUAUUCCAUACAUGGGUGACGAGGUGAAGGAAGAAGAUGAGACUUUCAUCGAAGAGCUGAUCAAUAACUAUGAUGGCAAAGUCCACGGUGAAGAAGAGAUGAUCCCUGGAUCUGUGCUGAUCAGCGAUGCUGUGUUUCUGGAGCUGGUGGAUGCCCUCAACCAGUACUCUGAUGAGGAGGAGGACGGGCACAACGACCCCUCCGAUGGAAAGCAAGACGACAGCAAAGAGGACCUGCCGGUAACAAGAAAACGGAAGCGCCAUGCUAUCGAAGGCAACAAAAAGAGUUCCAAGAAACAGUUUCCAAAUGACAUGAUCUUCAGCGCCAUUGCGUCCAUGUUUCCUGAGAAUGGUGUCCCUGACGACAUGAAGGAGAGGUAUCGAGAGCUGACAGAGAUGUCAGACCCCAAUGCACUUCCCCCUCAGUGCACACCCAACAUCGAUGGCCCCAACGCCAAGUCAGUGCAGCGGGAGCAGUCUCUGCACUCUUUCCACACCCUUUUCUGCCGGCGCUGUUUUAAAUAUGACUGCUUCCUUCACCCUUUCCACGCCACCCCAAAUGUAUAUAAGCGCAAGAACAAGGAAAUCAAGAUUGAGCCAGAACCGUGUGGCACAGACUGCUUCCUUUUGCUGGAAGGAGCAAAGGAGUACGCCAUGCUGCACAACCCUCGGUCCAAGUGCUCUGGGCGCCGCCGCCGAAGGCACCCAGUGGUCAGUGCUUCCUGCUCCAAUGCAUCAGCUUCUGCUAUGGCUGAAACUAAAGAAGGAGACAGUGAUAGAGACACUGGCAAUGACUGGGCCUCCAGUUCUUCAGAGGCUAACUCUCGCUGUCAGACCCCCACGAAACAGAAAGCCAGUCCAGCCCCAGCUCAGCUCUGUGUUGUGGAAGCCCCCUCAGAGCCGGUGGAAUGGACCGGAGCCGAAGAAUCUCUUUUCCGAGUCUUCCACGGCACCUAUUUCAACAACUUCUGCUCAAUAGCCAGGCUUCUGGGGACAAAGACAUGCAAGCAGGUCUUUCAGUUUGCAGUCAAAGAAUCACUUAUCCUAAAGCUGCCAACAGAUGAGCUCAUGAACCCUGCACAGAAGAAGAAAAGAAAACACAGGUUGUGGGCCGCACACUGCAGGAAAAUUCAGCUGAAGAAAGAUAACAAUUCUACACAAGUGUAUAACUACCAACCCUGUGACCACCCAGACCGUCCGUGUGACAGCACAUGCCCCUGCAUCAUGACCCAGAACUUUUGUGAAAAGUUCUGCCAGUGCAGCCCAGACUGCCAGAAUCGCUUUCCUGGUUGUCGCUGUAAGACUCAGUGCAAUACCAAGCAAUGUCCAUGCUACUUGGCAGUUCGUGAGUGUGACCCUGACUUGUGCCUCACCUGUGGGGCCUCAGAGCACUGGGACUGUAAGGUGGUGUCUUGCAAAAACUGCAGCAUCCAGCGUGGCCUCAAAAAGCACCUGCUGCUGGCCCCUUCCGAUGUGGCCGGAUGGGGCACCUUCAUCAAGGAGUCUGUGCAGAAGAAUGAAUUCAUUUCUGAAUAUUGUGGUGAGCUCAUCUCUCAGGAUGAGGCUGAUCGUCGAGGGAAGGUCUAUGAUAAAUACAUGUCCAGCUUCCUCUUCAACCUCAACAAUGAUUUUGUAGUGGAUGCUACCCGGAAAGGAAACAAAAUUCGCUUUGCAAACCAUUCAGUGAACCCCAACUGUUAUGCCAAAGUGGUUAUGGUGAAUGGAGAUCACCGCAUUGGGAUCUUUGCCAAGAGAGCAAUUCAGGCUGGCGAAGAGCUCUUCUUUGAUUAUAGGUACAGCCAAGCUGAUGCCCUCAAGUAUGUGGGCAUCGAGAGGGAAACGGACGUCUUCUAGCCCUCUGGGCCCCGUGCCAGUGCUGUGGUGGCAGCACUGUCAUGGCUUCAGGCACACACCACUGCUGCUCCAGCUCCUGCAAUGUCUUCCAUGCUGAGAAACCCACCCACCCUGCAUAACUAGGCCUCCACUUUAUUCCAAGGGGACACACUGCCUCAGGAGAGGGGAAACAGAGGCGGUGAAGACCUGGUCUCCCAGGAGAGUUCAGAUGUAAGAAGCUGCGCUCCCAUGCCAGGAGGAGGAGAUGGUGGGUGUGGGAUAAUGCCAGGGCUUGAGUUUUCCUCAGCUGCCAAGCCGGGGACCCUCAGGAACCAACCAGUGCUACCAUUUUAGCUUUCUCGAUCAAGAGUUCCAUGUCACUGACUGUGCUCAGGGUUAAAGGUGAGCCUGGCAAGCAUUGCAGACAGAACUCAAAGGGAGACAUGUCUCCAUGCCAUCAAAGCAGGAAUUUAAGGAUACAGGAAGGAAAACUUAAGUUCUUUCAUCCUGUGAACAUAGAGCCAGCUAGACCCUUGGGAAAAGCCUACCCUAUAGGUUACAGGGGUGGCAGGGUGGUUUUCAGGCUCCCAGGACAUGUGCCAGUGACCCACUCCUUCCAAAGUUCUGGCUCAGUGGCAACAUGCCUAAGCUGCGGCUAUGCCUGGUUGGGAGUGAGUACUCGGGGUCAGUGAAGCUGCAGCUGUCCCUACCCUCCAUUCCUCAGCGGCUUGUCCAUGGAGCAGCUUGCUGCUUUCUUCAGGGUAGCUGGGCCUAAUCUAGGCUAGAGGAAGAUGUUGCUGGUCUGGUUUACUCCCUGUCUGUAGUACCUGCUGUUGGUUGUGUUUGUGGGUGUGUGGGGUGCCAUUGCACAUUUAGGAGUGUGUCACAGUGCAGGGUAGACUGCCAGGCAGACCACCAUUCUCUGGGAUUCAUAGAGAACAAAGCACUUUAACUCUCUUUUAGAAGGUUUAUAGAUUGGAGUGGAGUUUGAGCCAAGUCUCUGCCCGAAUCCCACUUCUGAAGGAGGAAGAGGAGAGUGGAAGAUCCUGCAGUUUAAUAUCAUUUUCUGAGAGGCAGGAGGAGCUGACUUGACACAAAAACAAAAACUAGUCAGCAUAGCUACCUUGUGUCUGGUGUGCUGAGAAUAGGGGCUUGUGCUGGAAGGGGCGUGGGUGGAUACAGACUGCCCUAGAGUGUUAGAAUGGGGCACAAGCUCCUUGCUUCCUGAAGAACCAGAGCUCCUGUGGCCCUUGCUAACCAUUCCCUUCUCCCACACUGCCUCUUAGAGAUUUGCAUGGGACGUGCAUGCUUGUGCACAUACUCCUUCACUACACUGGCAGGUCCGUGUGUGCCUCACACUCAGCACACUCUACAGCUCCUCUCCCCACACCCAGUUCUGAAACUGACAUCUGCUGGGGGGUUAUGUCUAUUGUGUGUAUCAGGGAUACCCUCCAGCCUAACGAUAGGCUCUGAAUUACUCAGUCUCUGGGAAACCAGAGACUGGUGGAGGAGGGGCUGGUCAUGAGGAAUGCUUUAAAACAUGUCGGUUCUAGACUGAGCUCAGCCUUCCCUCAGCAGGCAUCACUGGCAGCCCCUCCCUCCGCAGUUCAGGCCAAUAAUACUCAUGCGCUCCAGCCGCCCACUCUUGGUUCCUGCUGUCCUCUAUUUUUAAUGACGGGUUUCACCCCUCCUCUCCACUUCUGCCCCACGUCACGUGGUAGAUAAAGUGAGGUGCUGUGGACUGGUGGGGAACUGGCGUACCUGCGGCUUAAUUGCCAGUAAAUUUCUUGCACUUUAAAGUCCUGUGGCUUGUGACCUCUUAUCUAAUAAAGUGUUAAGACUCCA